UUUCGGAGAAUGUUUGGGUUCUUGCUUCCACCCCAUUGCAGUUUUCCCAUUUUCUUUUCUUGAGACGGGUGUGGGGAUCGGAGGUGGGAACUUAAUCACAAUGGUCUUCGCCCUCGUUCUUUGACUCUUCCAUUCGAUUCAUUCCAUUUCCCCUUCCCAACUUUUUAUUCCCUUUUCCUUCUGGAAUUUCAUGCGUUUGUCCUCUCCCUCACGGACUGCAAAUUCCACGACCGUCCAAGAAAAUCCACACCUUCGUCGUCUUUCUCCUCCAGGCUAAUCGCAGAUUGGCUACACAGUUUCGAGUCUCUCCGCCAUUAAUGCGAGUUUCUUCUCACGUGUGUCUAUUUCUCUCGUUACGUGAAUAAACGGAGAAAGAAGAAUGAUUCCAAAUCCUUUUUGAUAAUCCUACAGUUUACCAUUUCUCCCUAAAGAAAUUCCGUUUCCGAUCAUUUAGAAAAACACCCGUUUGAAUAUCUGUUCGUAUUGGAUCGAGGUUUGGGGUCCGAUGGGUUGCGCAACCUCGAAGGAAAAGCGGUGCCGGCACUGCGAGAGCGCCUAUUCUCCGAUUUCCCGAAGCUACUCAAUGGACGUCCACCACCCGCCGCAGACCAAAGGUGACAGCUACCAUGUCGUCGCCCUCACCUCCUCCACCUUAGGCUCUAUCAAUCGCCCUGAAAACAGAGUAAUUGUUAACGGAUGCGAUGAUACCAACAAUAAGAAGGAGAACCUAAUCGGUUACGGUCGCGAAAAGGAUAAUGGACACGAGAACAAGGAAUUCUCAAUGGGAUUGAUCGAAGCCAAGACGUGGUCGAACAUGAUCGACGCGAAAAUCCCAAAAAUAAUGCCGAAAACACCCACCAGGACGCCGCCGGGCGAGCCGGAGACGAUCAAUACAUGGGAGUUAAUGGAAGGCCUCGAGGACAUAAGCCCUCUCCGGUCACCAGCUAAUCACCUCCGGAGCUUUUCGUUCCACGUUGUUCGGGACCCGUGUCCGAGGCCGAUUUCCCCUUCCGACAGCCCGAAAUCGAGGUUCCAAGAAAAUGGGAACUCCCCGCCUAAGCCGCAGCCCAUGUGGCUUCAAAUGUCGGAUGAAAAUGGUCAGGUGAAAUCCAAUUCUUUGAUUGCGGAUUUUGAUCCGGAUGUGAUAUCCGCGUUUAGGAAAUCAUUGUCGGAGAUCAAAUCAGAGGAAGAUCCUUCCGAUUUAGAGCAUUUGGUUGUCAGAAAGGAGCCGGCUUGGGCCUGCGAUGACGUGUUGGAGGCCCAGGACAAGAAGGACAGGGACAGAGUGGUGUUGUACUUCACGAGCCUCAGAGGGGUACGAAAGACGUACGAGGACUGUUGCCACGUUCGGGUGAUACUGAAGGGCAUAGGGGUCCGGGUGGACGAGCGGGACGUGUCGAUGCAUUCGGGGUUCAAGGAGGAGCUGAGGGAGCUUCUGAAGGAGGGGUACCAUGCGGCUGCAUUGCCCAGAGUGUUUGUGGGGAAUAAGUACAUUGGUGGAGCUGAUGAGAUUCGGCAAUUGCACGAAGACGGGAAGCUCGAAAAGUUGCUUCAAUAUUGUGAAAAACUGGAUGGCGGAGGUUGCGGCGGCGGCGGUGGCGGUGGAGUUUGUGAUGCUUGUGGGGAUAUAAGGUUUGUGCCAUGUGAAACAUGUUCAGGGAGCUGUAAAAUAUAUUACGAAGACAUUGAUCACGACGAAGAAGAAGAGGAGGAGGAGGAGGAGGAGGCGGAGGAGUGUGAAUCGGGGUUCCAACGCUGCCCGGAUUGUAAUGAGAACGGCCUAAUACGCUGCCCCAUAUGUUGCUAUUAGUCCUGAAUUCAGGUACUCAUUAGUUUUGACCAUUUUUGUGCUUAUUUUCCUUCCUUUAUUUUCGUGAGUUGUUUGUUGUACAGUAAAGAGUUUUGGUACAUUUGAUGAGAAAAGAAAAAAAAAACUUCAAUGGGAAAUAGUGGAAUAAUGUUUUAAGGAGAAGCAGGUUCCCUCAACCUAUAUGAGAAUUGUAACACUAUGUAUGAUCCUCUACAAGAAUGAAAUGCAUAAUAUUAUCAGAUA